AUGUCCCACCUCCAGCGCGGCCUCGCAAAGGCGCUCGCCGCUACCGGGCGCUGGUCUCGCCGCGAGGCGAACCGGAUGACGGCCGACGCCCGCGUGUGCGUCAACGGAGUCCAGGUUAGCAACCCGGCGGCGCGCGUGCGUCAGUCGGACCGCGUGACGGUCGACGGCGAGCUGACGCCGCUGGAGGUGGCACCGCCGCGACUGUGGCGCUUUCACAAGCCGGAUGGCCUCAUCACCACCGCCUCAGACCCACAGGGCAGGCCGACGGAGCGCGGCGUCACCGGCGCGAUGCUGCGGGCGAUGGGCGACGGGUUUGGCGCUGCUAGAGCGGUGCGCACGCCGCUGCAGCCGGCGGCGGCGGGGCACGAGUGGGUUCGGAUGACCCUCGUUGAGGGCAAGACCCGAGAGGUGCGCCGCGCGUGGCAGCACUUUGGCUUCGUCGUCUCGAGGCGUGAGGCUGAGAUGCAGAGAGAGAAGGGGCUCGUGCGCGACGCUUACGGGCCGUUCGAGCUCGGCGAGCUGCGGCCGGGGGAGGUGGAGGAGGUGCCGCGGCGCUGCGUCGCGCGGCUGCUGCGAUUGCGCGAGCGAGUCUUGGAGGGGAGCGGCCGCGCGGCUCCGGUGGACCUCGCCGCAUUCUGUGAAAAUGAGCAGACAUGA